AUGGCUAUGAAUACUGCAUCAUCUGAACAGUUACAAGCCAACAUUGACUUCUGUUGCAGCAACGGCGUCGAUUGUAGUCAGAUCAGCCCAGGUGGAGUAUGCCUUGAACCAAACACUCUUCUAGAUCACGCCUCGUAUGUUAUGAACGCUUAUUACCAGAGUCAUGGUCGCGUUGAGGAUUCUUGUAGGUUCAACCGUACCGGUUGUUUUGUUUUUGUCGACCCGAGUCAAGGUUCAUGUGUCUACUACACUUAA